AAAAAGAAAAGAGACCUCCUCGGUUGUCACGCGGCUCAUGCACCACAUGCCACGUUUCCCUCCUCCGCUAACUAAAGAUUCCUUCAAAUCUUACCGACACGCCCUUUCCAUUUUCCUUCAAUCGUAAGCCUCCUCGAACUUUAAAUAUCCGAACUCUCUCGCUUCCUUAAACAGUUAAACCCCAAAAAUCAAACCUUAAAAAAAGUUAAUCAUGUCUGCUUCAAACCGAAACCAAAACCCGAAUCCUCUGUACCCAGAAGUCAUUCACUCAAACCCAGAUGCCAAUUCUCCAUUUUCAUCAUCAUCUUCUGCUUCUACUAUAUACCCUUCUGUUGAAACGAAGGAAUUAGCGGAAAAUCUUUUUCCUGACGAUGACACUGUUUCACAAACCAGAACAUUACAAUCUUCUGAGAAUGUUCUUGUUAGAGUUCCUGGCGUGGUAGUUCAUCUCAUAGAGAAAGAUCAAAGUGUAGAACUCGCUUGUGGUGAACUUGUCAUAGUUGGUCUUAACCAAGGUGACAACACCGUGGCUGUUCUUGCGCGCGUUGGUGAUGAAAUUCAAUGGCCGUUAGCGAAGGAUGAAGCGGCUGUGAAGCUUGAUGAGUCUCAUUACUUCUUUUCUCUUCGUGUUCCCGCAAGUGGGUCGUUGGAUAAUGAUGGAAAGGCUGAAGAUUUUGGUGGGAAAGAGUGUGAGAUGUUGAAUUAUGGGUUGACGGUUGCGUCUAAAGGACAAGAGGGUGUUUUGAAGGAAUUGGAUCAGGUUUUGGAGAAGUAUAGUUGUUUUUCUGUGAAGGAAGUUGGGGAUGGUGAGGUGUUGGAUGGUUUCGUGGCCAGAGAGAUGGCUCCGGACGAGCUGGAGGAGGAGGACAAGAGGGAGUUGAUGGUGCAGAGCUCGGCGGCCUAUUGGACUACAUUGGCGCCCAAUGUGGAGGACUAUAGUGGGAGAGUGGCGAGGUUGAUUGCGGCGGGGUCAGGACAAUUGAUCAGGGGGAUUUUGUGGUGUGGGGAUGUGACAGUGGAUAGGUUGAAUUGGGGGAAUGAGUUCUUGAAGAAGAGGAUGGGGCCAGGGUCUGCUUCAGAGAUUAGUCCGGAAACAAUGAGGAGGAUCGAAAGGGUUAAAAAGUUGACAAAGACGACGGAGAAGAUGGCUUCUGGAGUCCUUUCUGGGGUUGUCAAAGUCUCAGGAUUCUUCACAAGCUCAAUAGUGAACUCUAAAGUGGGCAAGAAAUUUUUUAGCCUCCUCCCUGGAGAGAUUGUCCUUGCUUCCUUGGAUGGAUUUAGCAGGGUCUGUGAUGCUGUUGAAGUUGCUGGAAGGAAUGUUAUGUCAACCACUUCAGUUGUGACUACUGGGCUUGUUUCACAGAGGUAUGGAGAACAAGCAGCACAGGUGACAAGUGAGGGGCUUGAUGCUGCAGGACAUGCUAUUGGUACUGCUUGGGCUGUGUUCAAGAUCAGAAAGGCUUUUAACCCAAAGAGCAUUCUCAAACCCACAAAUCUAGCUAAAGCUGCUGCUGAAUCAGAUUCUUCUGCACUGAAGUCUAAAUAUAAGAAGUAAUGGCAGGGCCAUUGAGUUUUUCUCCUCUCUAUGAAUACCAGAUAUAUCUAGAGAUACUAUAAACACUUCCAUCUUUAUUUUUUUGAGUUAGUAUAGACUAAGGUUCUUGGUAGCUGUUAGUGAUUGUAUUAAGUUAAAAAAAAAAAAAAUUUCAAUGGAUGAUUUAGUAUAUAAAUAAAGCUUGUCAAAUGUUUACUCUAA